GUUGGCCCGCUUCCCUUAUAUUCAGAUCUGAUGUGAACGGCACCUGUAAGCAGAACUAUUCACAUCGACUUCCUCAUCAAAACCCACAAAUUUUCUUCUGUUCUUUCAUAGAAUUAAAAGCAAGUCAACCACCUGAUGGGAUGCAAAAUUUUUGCGUCCAAUCGUACUGUCUGCAGAGUACCCAGAAAGAAACCAACAGUUUUAUUUUCAUCUUCUUCAGUUCAAUCAAAGCUUAGAACCCAAACAUUGACCUUAACCUCUUCUUAUACCGAUCACAAUAAACAAACGCCCAUUCACACACCAAAAACAGAGCUAUACACAGUCAACUUUAGGACCCUUGGAGCUUGUAAACUGGGUAUUUCUAGUUAUCCUGACUUUGUAUACAAUGCUGAAGGGGGUGAGGGUAGUGGUAGAGGCAGGAAGACUCUAGAAACUGGCUUCAGUGGCGUAAUUUCUGUCGAUUUUGAUGUCGAAAAAAUGUAUAUUCCGCCAUUGACGGCUGAGACAACUAAGUUCUUGGCAUUUCCAUUGCCACCCUGUAUGAAAAUUGAUAUUGUUCCAGAGAAGUUUCGAGGAACUAUCAACCAAGAAUCUGGCCAGGUUGAUCUCGAGUUCAAGGCCAAAUUCUGCUUUUCAGUAUGGAAUAUUUAUAAAGCUGCGCCACUACUAGUGGAGACGGUGUUGACAUCAGAGGAAUCAGAGGGAACAAUCAGAGAUGGAAGAGGGAAGAGACUUGAUAAAGAAGGGAGGUGUAGAUUGGUAGGGGUGACUACUGUUGCACCAGUAAACGACUGUUUCUUGAAUCUUUUCCUUGGCCUUCCAGCUGAAUGCCUUGCCAAAUUGAAUGUUAUCAUCUCAUUUGCGAGAACUUACCGAGUUUCAAAGUACCAUUUGGAAGCCAUUCUGUAA